AUGAAUACAUGUUUCAGGCAUUCCAGAACCGUGCGAAUCCCAAUUCUAAUGCGACAAGGCCGCGAGGUGGAACCAGCGAGUCCGGAGGCCUUCCAUAUGCCGGUAGUGGAAGGUUUGCCGGCACAAUAUCAAGAGCUGCUGGUUGUGCCAGAAAUCGAUCCGUACACAGUGAUUAGGAAUGCUGAUGGGUCGGUAAUAAUUGAAUGCGGCAUGUGUCCUAAAGAAUUCGGGACGCUAAAGAGAUAG